AUGUCGUCCUCUAUCUUGUCCAUUCUUCGGUUUCUCAUCAUCAGCUUGAUGCUGUUGUGCACCUGCGAUGCUCUCCCUCUUCAUAAAUACUCUCAUCUCGCCAAGAGACUUUCGCACCUACACUUUCACAAAAAAUCAGAGGAGAUCAAGCCUCGACAGACGCUAGCCGCCUUUGGGCUGGGUAUCAAGGUUGCGAAGGCCCUCUCCUACUGGGGCAACACCAAUACAAACGAGGGCAUUGCAUAUAGUACCGAUUCAUACACCUACUAUUCCGGUGGACCAGAAAACUUCCCAAGUACAAAGAACUGGAUGUCGUUUGAAGCUAUGUUUCAAGCCAAUAUACCGCUCAUGAAACAAAGUUGCGGCUGGAACGGCUGGGGCCCUGAUAACACUAAUCGUCAGAUCGGGUACAUGAAGACCUACAUCCAACAGGUUGCGCGCGCGUCACGGGUUGACCAGCGAGCCAUUCUCGCCGUAAUCAUGCAGGAGUCAGCUGGCUGUCUCCGAGCUCCCACCACAAGCAACGGCGUUACCAACCCCGGCCUCAUGCAGUCCCAUAAUGGUGUUGCCUUCGACCCAUCCCGUCCAGUCACAACAAUUAAGCAAAUGAUUGUAGAUGGAACUAUGGGGACAGCUUACGGAGAUGGUCUUGUUCAGUUGAUCAAUCAAUACGGCAACUACUACAAGGCUUUCCGAGCAUACAACUCCGGUAGCAUUGCUCCGGAUGGUGACCUGAGCAAUGGAAAUGGUGCCACCCCUUGCUAUGUCAGUGACAUUGCAAACCGCCUAACGGGCUGGACACUUGCUCCUAACGCUUGCCGCGGUGGACAUUAG